AUGGCAAGUUUGGUGCCUACAUGCAGGUACACAUCCAGAAUGAUGGUCCUGUAACAAUAGAAUUGGAGUCCCCGGCUGCCACUGUCGACCCUAAACAGCUGACAAAACUUGAAAAACAACAACAAAGAAAAGAGAAGACCAGAACCAAGGUGCCCUCUGAGUCAAGUAGAGAAAGGAAUGCCCCCCGUAACAAGGAUGACCCCAGUGCAAGCAGUGGAGCAGAAGGAGACGUGUCUUCAGAAAGAGAGCCUUAGCUCAUCCAAAGCAGGCCUCAGUUUCUCGUACAAAAGCUACGCUGGAUUCUUGAAGAGAGACCCAACAGACAUUCACCUCAGCAUCACUCUUCAACGACUUUGGAAAAGAAUGGAAAAUGGGAAAACAGAACUAAGACGUUAGAAACCUAUAUCAUUCUGUAUUGAAACAACCAAAGCAAUGCUAUCAGAUUCAGUUGUUAAUGUGUAGUAUCAGUAGUAAAAAGGACUUGUAACAUUUUUGUGUAUGUGUUUUCACAUGACUGCUGAAUAAAGGGUGACUGUAGGCAGAUUGUAGCAGUACAUAAGCUCCAUUUCAAAGAUAAAUCAGGGGUUUUCCUUAAACUUACACUUGAAUUCUGAAAAUUAUCCAAGCAGGCUUGUAUUUUGAUUCUCACUUUAUGGUGUCAUGUGCUACCUGUUUCCCUGGCAGCUUGUAGAUCUCUGUAUAUUUUGGUAUAUUGUUCAGCUGCUACGUAAGACCAAGUUAGGCAGUCCAGUCUUUCUGCAUGGAUUAAGUUAUUAAAAGGAAAGAUCAGCCACUAGUUGUGAACACAUCUGUCUUGUAAACUUUUUUAAAAACAGAAAAGACUUUAUUAAACAAUUGAUGCUAGC